AUGAAUCUGGCAAAUUAUUCUUACUUCUCUGGCAUGUGCAACAUGACCGCAGAGACGCAGCACUCGCCUGCCGAGGCAAGUCCUGUUGUCCUGUCUCCAAAUGUGAGCUUGGACUCGCCGCUGCCUCCUCCGCCGCCUCUGAUGCUGCAGGCCCGGUCAAAGGACAAUAUUUUGAUCAAGUCUGAGCCCAGAGGGAACAGUCCCAGCACGGAGGACGGAGCCGCUCUGGGCCAGACCGAGGAGCACCUGCCCACCGGGAGCCGCCGGAGGAAGAGGCCCGUCCAAAGGGGGAAACCUCCCUACAGCUACAUCGCCCUCAUCGCCAUGGCCAUCGCCAACUCCCCCGAGAGGAAGCUCACUCUGGGGGGCAUUUACAAGUUCAUCAUGGAGCGUUUUCCUUUCUACAGGGAGAACUCAAAGAAGUGGCAAAACUCCAUCCGCCACAAUCUCACCCUCAACGACUGUUUUGUGAAGAUCCCCCGGGAGCCCGGCAGACCAGGGAAAGGCAACUACUGGACUUUAGACCCCGCAGCUGAGGACAUGUUUGACAACGGGAGUUUUCUGAGGAGGAGGAAAAGGUUCAAGCGCACUGAUGUGAGCACUUACCCCGGGUACAUGCAAAGCUCCAGCGCCUUUACCCCAACCCCUAUGGGCAGGCCCUCUUACCCUAACACUCUGUACGCAGGGAUAGGGUCUGGUUAUGGCUCUCAGCUGACAGCCACAUCCCCGCAUCCUGCCAUGCUGCAUCAUUACCAGACCUCCGCCGGGGUCGGCCAAGGACAGCCGCGCAUGUUCAGCAUCGACAACAUCAUCAGCCAGCAGACGGUGGUGCAAAGCGGCGCGGGGGGAGAGCUCAACUCCCAAGCGCUGGGGCUGGGUGGGGGUGACCUGGGCACCAUGACCUCCAGCUGCUCGGUCACCGGCACCGACCCGUCUGCGUGCUUCCAGACCCAGACAGUCAACCCCUCGGCGAACAUGCUGAGCAGAAACAGCGGGAACAUCACCUCCAAUCUGGCCGCCGGGUACUCGUACUCUUCUUCAUCCUCUCCUCCAAACCUGCCCACCAUGAGCCAAUCCGGGUUCUCCCCAGGGAACUCUCAAGUUUACUGCUCGGGCAACCGGCUCUCCCUGCCGGCCCUUCGCCCGGGCUCCUGCGCAGAGCACACGGAGCAGCUGCUGGGCCUCUCCAGCCCCAUGAACUCCUACAACAACACGUACAUGAGACAGGCCAACUUUGCAUCAGGGUUAGACCGGUACAUGUGA